GAAGUUACCUGGAUUUUUAACACGUCCGUAGCCUGUUCUUUCGACCACAUAGGCAUUCUACGAUUGCACACAAAAUACACAUAUCAUAUUAAUAUGAGACGAAGGUUUUUGUGGGCCUGUUUUUAUGUGAUUUCAUUCAUGAGUCGAGAUGAGUUGAUUCGAGUCAGUUGGUCGGUAUCUCGGAUGUUGUCCAAAAGUCGAAGUCAGUCAGUGAGUUUGAUUUGACGAGUGAAGUUGUUUGAAUCAGGACGUGUUGCACAAUAAGAUAUAAUAGAAGUGAAAGAUAAGAAUUGUUUUGAUAUCGUACAGUUUAUGUAUAUCUGAUUUUUUGGACAAUACCAGAUUUUUGGUUUUGAUUUUUUUAAAAUAUUUUUAUUGGCGUACAAUAUCACGGUUGAUAGUGCGAAUUCCGUCGGCAAAACGUUGUGACUAAUUGAAAAGAUAUUUUGAUAUGAAUUUUUUGGAAGCUGAUACUUUGUGAACUUUGUUUAAAAAAAGUGGUGUUACGAUAUCGAUUGCAAAUAUUUUGAAAGAAAAAAAAAUAUUAAAGACCCAGUGAACAAAAGUGAAAAGACAGCCUUUUAAUGAUGGCAACACUAUCUUCACAUCCACAUUAUGGAUUUCAACUGAGUGGAGGACUUGAUAUUCCAACACCGGGCGACUAUGCGCCUCAGCCCACUAUGAGUCCUUCAGACAUGAAGCGCGCUAUGCACUUUUCGCAGUCAAGCAGCCUGGCCGCCGUUGCUGCUGCAAUGGGUGGCUCACCAACUGGACCGACUUCAGGAAGCCAGUCCAUGAACGGUUUGAUGGGCAGCCCGGCGAGUAUGGGGUCUGGCGGUCAUCAUCACGGUGGACAAACUGGAGGCCAUCCGGGUGGUGGACCAGGCCAAGAAGGCCAUAUCAAACGACCAAUGAACGCUUUCAUGGUCUGGUCGAGACUUCAGCGUAGGCAGAUUGCCAAGGAUAACCCAAAAAUGCACAAUUCGGAGAUAUCAAAGCGUUUGGGAGCCGAAUGGAAAUUACUAACCGAAUCGGCGAAAAGGCCAUUCAUCGAUGAAGCAAAACGAUUGCGGGCAUUGCACAUGAAGGAACAUCCAGACUACAAGUACCGGCCACGCAGGAAGCCAAAGAAUCCACUCCAAGCUGGUGGACAAUCUUUGCAAUUGGGAAUGCAAGGUGGAAAAUCAUCGUUGAACGCCGCAGCUGCUGCCUACAAUCCAUUCCAUCAAUUGCCACCAUAUUUCGCCCCCUCACAUCACCUAGAGCAACCAUACCCUGUACCAUAUUUCGGCGGUUUUGAUCCACUAGCUUUAUCAAAAUUGCAUCAAACACAAGCUGCUGCCGCGGCCGCUGCCAGCAAUCAACCCACCAAUGCACUUGAAGCGCAAAAAGCCCCGCAAUUGCCGCAAACCACAUUAGGAUCAUUCUAUUCAGGUAUCUAUAGCGGAAUCUCAGCCCCAUCCCUAUAUGCCGCCCAUUCUAAUGGUAUCUACCAGAAUUCAUCGACGUCAUCAGCAUCGCCCGGCUCAAGUCCGGGAGGGGUUACACCUAGUGGAGUCGACCACAUGGAUAGUAGUACCAUCCGACGGCCUGUUCCUGUAUUAUAUUAGAGUAUUUAUUAAUAUGAAAACUGUAUAUUUUAUUUACUUUUAUUCGGUUCGUAUAAUAACCCACCCUUAUUUGACAAGCGGAGAAAAUAUGCAUAUAUUGCUGGUAUGGUUCUAGUACAAGUACAAAGCAACAAACCUCUUUCAGACAAAUACUCUUUUCGUGUAAAUCUGAUUUCUUCAAUUGUUUUAACUUCUAGACAAAUUGUUAUGUAGAUUUAAGAUUUGAUGUUUCAAUUCGAUAAUUCCAUUAGAUCAAAGAGCAGUAUUAAACCUCAAAUAUUCGCGAAAUCAUCCUAUUGUAAAUAGUUCUCACCCUUUACAUUCCCCACAAUCACUUCUUCCACAAACUUCAUAAAUUUUAAUUUAAUUUAAAACGGAUGUCGAUUAAAACAACAAUAAGUUGAGACAUAUUCGUAAAUUUAGCAGGAAACUGUUGUUGCAACUAUUUAUGAUAUUUUUAGUGACAUUUCCAAAUUUGUUUUAUAAAUAAUGUCUUUGAAUCUAGACAAGCUCGUAAAGAUUGAUAUAGAAACUUAAUUUAAUUUAAAAUAAGUUAUAAAAAUUCAAUUAACUUUCAGACGAGGUAGAAAACAUGGAAAGAAAUCUGUAAAUAGAAAACAAUUCUAAUUAAAUAAUAUAAAAAAUUUAAGAUACGAAUGUUAGGAUGUAUCGCGAAAUAUAGUGAAAUGAAAACAGGAAAAUUAUAAAUAUCAAUAGCGAAACGAAAAAAAAAAUCUGAUAAAAAGAAAACCAAGACAUUUCAGGAAAUGAGUUUUACUUUUUACAUCUUCGUUUCAAUAUCAAUUUAAUGAUAUAAAAAAAAGUUCAGAAAGUUUUCGUUUACUCUUUGUGAUUAUUGUAACUGUAAAGAUUUAAGAUUAAGAACCUGAAUCAUCUCUCUUCUGAUAGAGGCGCGAUCGAAUGUGUUAAUAAUUAUAGAUUAUUUUCUUUAAGACAAUGUAUUCGUAUAUUUUAUUUUGUUAUUAAAUAAUAUUGAUUUUUUUUUAAAUUAAAAUGAUUGACUCUUGUUUUGAUAGAAACAUGUGAAUGAUUAUGAUGGAGAAAAUAACGAUGAAUAAAGAUGGAGAGAAUGUCUUGUUUUUAAA